AUGUCAACAUUAGAGAACACAACAACUGCUAUCGUUCAUGAAGUCAUAAAUGAAGAAUACGAAUACAUACAGUAUAACAAACAAUUGAGACUCAUUCGUUCUGUCAAAGAUGACAUGUACCAAAUGCAAAGUAUAAUGAACGCUCUUCGUUCUACAAAGCAAGCAUAUCAUUGGUUUGAAAACCAACAGGCAAAAGAACUUUUAGAAGAAUUUCCUCAUAUGAUUGCUUCCCUCGGAAAACCGAGGGAAGAGAUUCCGUACGAAAAUCGCAAGAAUUUGGCACCUGGUUUGAAAGGUUAUUAUGUUCAUAGACUUUUAGUAAAUGCUGUAGCAAUGUGGGCUUCACCUCGUUAUGCUUGUUAUAUUUUCAUGAUGUUAGAUGAACUAUAUAAAGCAGAACGCGAACAGAUGGAAAAGAAACUUCAAGCAAAAGAUGAAGUCAUUGAAUCCAAAGACAAAAGCAUACAGAAAAGAAUACCACGUUCAGUACCAAAAGGAAAGGAAAAGAGUUAUAAGUAUAUGAUUUACGCUGAAGAGAUGGAAAAUGAAGAAGACAGAGAUAUGGUUAUGUUGCAUUUAGUCAGAAGAAACAACAAAAGCUUUUAUGACCUUGCUAAGAUUUACAAAUCUGACAGAAACUG